AUGGGCGACGGCUCUGACUAUCCUAGUCCGCGAAGUGAAGCUCCGCACGUGGUCACUGUUGCCUCUGCCCUCGCCUCAGCAACGGAAUCUCUCUCCUCAAUUGCCAGAAUGAACGAACAAGCUGCCGCCCUCGGUUAUGGUGGUAUGGAGACUGCGCGCCCACGCCUCUCCGUCCGACGCGCCCGCGAUCCUCCUAAGAACGCCGAAGGCCAAAUCUUUUGCGACCACACCGACUGUCAGGCUGCGCCGCCUACCUUCCGCCGUCCUUGUGAAUGGAAUAAACACAUGGAUAAACACGAUCGCCCUUACAAGUGCUACGAACCUGGUUGCGAUAAGAUUCAAGGCUUCACCUACUCUGGUGGUCUCUUGCGUCACCAGCGCGAGGUCCACAAGAAGAACAAUGACGCCAAGAAGCCCUUGAUGUGUCCCUAUGCCGAUUGCAACCGCAGCACCGGCAACGGAUUCACGCGCCAGGAAAACCUUCGAGAGCACUUGCGCCGUCGCCACAUGCACACGGAGGAAGGUCCUACAACCUCUAUUCUCGUGGAUAUGCCAUGGGAACGCGCCAACGAGCUGGAGGGCGUUCGCGCCAACUCCCUCCCGGCGACUGGUGGUCUCAAGCGCGGGCGCGAUUCGGCCGAUGGUGACCUUACCGAUCCCCAUGAUAAUGGCGAUGAUCUGCACAACGAAGUCAAGCGACUGCGUCGCGAGGUCCAGGAGAAGGAUCGCCGCCUGGAGCAGCUGGAGCGCAUCGUCGCCGAUCUCCAGCAAGCCAUCCCUCAGCCGCCCGUGCCCGAACACGAUCCUCAGCUUACGCAGGCGAUGCCACCCCCCGCGCCCCAGGUUGCCGCUCCUCAGCUUUAG